CUUUGCGCUCACUUGACGCGUUCACGUGAGAGAGGACAUCAACAAACUCCCGAGUAAAACAUUAACCAUGACCAUAAUCCGCACCCGGUUUCCGCCAAAGUGCAGCACUUGAUUCACACUGGCAGGGGAAAGAGCGAGUUGAAACAGACCAAUCAGCUAUGACGCAAUGUGCCGGGAAGAAAUUGAGUGGCCUGGUUGCGGCCACAUUCACUCCAUUCACCCCACAAGGUGAAAUCAACCUAUCAGAGAUUGGACCUUAUAUUGACUACUUGAAAGAGAAGCAAGGUGUAAAUAGCAUUUUUGUGAACGGCACCACCGGAGAGGGCAUGUCUCUCAGCGUGGACGAGAGGAAGUUAGUAGCCGAGGACUGGUGUCGGAAAGCCAAGGGAAAAAUGGAGCAGGUGAUUGUGCACGUUGGCUGCACCAGUCUCAAAGAUUCCCAAGAGCUAGCUCGCCACGCGGUGGGAAUCGGAGCUGACGGGAUAGCGGUCAUUGCUCCCUCCUUCUUCAAACCUCGCUCUGCAGAGUCGGUGAGGGCAUACCUCCAGACGGUUGCCGACGUGGCCCCGAAUGUGCCCUUCUACUACUACCACCUUCCAGCUCUUACCAAUGUUAAUGUGUCAGUGAGUGAUUUGCUGGAAGGCAUCGAGACGCUCAUUCCUUCAUUCCGAGGUGUGAAAUUCUCCGGGAGCGACCUGAUGGACUUGGGACAGUGCAUCAGCCGCAUUCAGCCCCACUGGUCCAUCCUGUACGGUGUGGACGAGCAACUGUUGGCGGCCCUCGCGUUGGGAGCCCACGGAGCAGUUGGCAGUACGUACAACUACCUGGGAAGUCACAUGAACAAGCUGUUGUCCGAGUUUGACAGUGGCAACCUUGUGCAGGCCAGGAACCUUCAGUUCAAGAUGCAAGAGCUCAUCAGCUAUGCUGUCAAAGUUGGAUUCGACUUGGGCGUGAAUAAGCAGCUGAUGAACGAAGUGUCAGGCCUGCAGCUGGGCCCUCCGCGUCUCCCCAUCAUGCCGUGUCCUCAAAGCCACGCACUAGCCAUCAAGCAGAAGUACCAGCACCUCUUCUCCAUACACUGACGUCGCCGCAGCACUCCCGCCCCCCCCCUCAGCAUUCAACUACCGUUUCCGUCUUUAAAGAAACCUUUGUUUUAUGCUCGCACUAUUAUUGGAAUAAUCAAGGGAUAGCUUUGACUCUAUUAAUUGCGAUUGUAUAUUUCUCAUGUGCUUUUAUUGGAUGGUCAUCUUCCAAUAUGGAUGUUUGUCAUUCGAUUUGUGUUCAAUUUGUUGCCUGUAUGAAUGUGAGAUUGCUUUACUCCACUGCCUGUGUGAAAAGAUGCACAUGUCGCAGCAUAAACAAGCAGCUAUGGAAAUCUAUUCAGGGAUUUAUUGGAUGUUCUUGAUAUCCAGGUACUGUAACAAGAGCUGCGACUAGCUAUCUUGCAGCCCUGGCCUCAUUGAGGUACUGGCACUCCAAAAUGAUUUUUUUUUUUAAUGGCACAAUACUAACAUGGAUUUGUUUGUGCCAGGCCUGUUCAAUGAAUUCUCAUGCAUGUUUAGACCCUCAUCCCUGUUCCUUUCCGAAGGGUUCUUAUUUCUCCCUGUUACUGAAUUUUGAGUUUUUUUCUUUACCCGGUUGCGGGCUUGGAUCAUGUGACGUUGCCAAUCUUUGUCAACUGUGGGCCUGUGUAUGCCUUUGAGAUUCUUCUGUGAGUAAGGGCUACAUAAAUAAAAUUUAGUUUGAUUUAA